UUGACAUAAAAUUGCAUUCACACAAAGUUUCCAUAAUCUUAAGGAAAAUUUGUUGUAUUACCUCCCUUUCAGCUGGCUACUUAAGUCCUGUACUAGAUGUGCUGUUAAUUUCACCUGAGCUCAAACUCAGGUUGAGAAAUUUUUAAUUACUUCAGACAUCACUCCUUGAAAAUGGUGAUAAAAAAAUCUGCUUCUGAAACUUCCUUGACUUCCAGGGUAUAUUAAAACUCAGUGUAAAUGGACCAGAGAGCUCCUUAUCCAGCAGUUUUGAAUUCUAAAACACGAGGCUUCUAGACCUGUUGAUUUAUUCAUAGCAGUAUUUGGGAGCUUCAGAUUAGACAGACAAGAUGACUUUCUGGAAUAGGAUGCAAGUACUGUCAAGUGGCCUGUAUACUAUGGUAACCUCAUUAUAUGCUAAAAUUUAUUAUCCUACUCCACCCUGCAACAUGAGAUGUUGAUUGUGGUGGCUAAGUGAUACCUGUUCAAAGCAUUCUAGGCAGAUGAUGAACUUCUUAUAAUUUAUCUUUUUUUUUUUUUUUUUUAUUCUGAGGAAGAAAUUUCCCCAGCAUUUCAGGCUUCUGUAGAGUUGAAAGUACUGUAAGAAAGAAUAACACAACACUAGACUCAUAUUUUCCUGCUCCAUUGUCUGUGGAGAGCUACUUUGCCAUUUUGGACCAGAAUCCUGCGUUGUCAGUACUCCAGGCUCCUGUGGAUGGCAACAAUGACUCAGUUAUUAUGAACUGUUCUUUCGAGGUGGUGUGCUUGUGUAUGUGUACACACACGUGUGAACUGUGGGCACUCUUCAGACCCCAACCACUCUGUAGAGCUCUGGAGGGGGUGGGAAUGGUCUGCAAGGAAGGGUGCAGGUGAAAAGCCAGCCCUAAAUCCAUUGUAGCAAGGCCUGCUCUUAUGUGGAGAAGAUCCUUUCUUUUAUGUGUCAUGGGGAUCUGGGAGUGUUGAAAACUGCUGUGCAGCACCAGAUGACCCCUGCUGUCACUCUGUGGGUGACAGGCGCUUCUGACCCUGAUCAAGGAUAAUUAACGAGCAUUAAAUCACCUUGCCGUUCACCUUCCUUUGCAGGACUGCAGUACCUAGCUGGUGUUGCUCCAGGUGGCGAGGCAGAUGUUCUGGUUACCUGGGAUCACCAUCUCCACCAUGAAUUGUUCACGUUAUUAAGGAAUACUCGGAUCAGGUGACGUUGCUAAGCCCAGAGCGGAAGACACAGACCCGUGAGCCGGUCGUGGCGUGGCGAGGGGGUGCGGGGGAGGGCAAGCGGCUCCCGUUAAUGAAUUAAUCGGCUAACGAGGGGGGGCUCGGCGGCCCGUGCCCCCUCCGGUCCCGGCAGCCGCCUCCUCCCCUGGAGGGGGCAGUGACAGGCAGCGGCUUCUGCCCCAUGUGACUGGGGAGCGGCUGCCCCGUCCAUGGCUUGGCCUCCCCCGGGCAGCAGCAGCUCCGGCUCCCGGGGAGGAGGGGCGGGAGCUGCUGCUCCAUGGGGAGGAAGGGCAGCCCCCGGUCCCCCCAGGCGGAGGGGGGAUCCCGGGCCGCCUCCCCCCCGUCCCCGCUCUGGGCCUUACCCGAGGAGCUGCUGCUCCUCAUCUGCUCCUACCUGGACGCGCAGGCCUUGGGCCGCCUGGCCCAGGUCUGCCGCCGCCUGCGCUUCCUCAGCAGCCGCGAUGUCCUCUGGAGGCGCAUAGCCCGCGGCUGCCUCAACUCCGGCUUCACCCAGCUCGGCACCGAUCUAGCUGCUGGCAUUCCAGUGAAGGAAAGGGUGAAGGUAUCUCAGAACUGGAGGCACGGACGCUGCCGGAGGGAGACAGUCCUGAAAUGGAAAUGCAAUUUGAUGCCCUGGAUGGAGCUGGAUGGUGAAUAUCUCUACCUGUCUCAAGCGGAGAACAUCCAGGCAUACCAGCUCUGUGCAGAGGGGACAGGUUUGCAGCGUCACCCCCAAGCCAUCUUCUCUGGCCACCAGGAGGACGUGUGUCGCUUUGUUCUUGUCAACUCCCACAUUGUCAGUGGAGGGGGAGAUGGAAGUAUUGUCCUUUACAAGCUCCACGGCUCCUACAGCGUCAAGUUCUCUGCACAUGAGCAGGAGGUGAACUGUGUGGACUUCCAAGGCGGCCUCAUUGUCAGCGGCUCCCGGGACCGGACAGCCAAGGUUUGGUCCCUGUCGGCGGGCAGAGUUGGUCAGUGCCUACAUACAGUGCAGACAGAGGAUCGAGUGUGGUCCAUUGCCAUCAGCCCAUUAUUAAGUAAAACUGUCACCUCUGAGAGGCUCCCAGUUAUGAGACACCUGAGGCUUCAAGGUGUGUGCCUGCAGAUCAGACUCAAGGUGAGGGGCCCUGUAUCAUGCCCUGGAAUCCAGACUUUAAGCUCAUUUGUGACAGGGACAGCCUGCUGUGGACACAUCUCACCUCUGAGAAUCUGGGACCUUGAGAGUGGUGAGCUGGUGACCUGUUUAGGGACCGACUUCCACCGUGGAGCUGGAGUCCUGGAUGUGUUCUAUGAAACCCCCUCCCUUCUCCUUUCUUGUGGGUAUGACACCUACAUCCGCUACUGGGACAUACGGACCAGCACCAGGAAGUGCGUCCAGGAGUGGGAAGAGCCCCAUGACAGUGCCCUGUACUGCAUAAGGAGUGACAAGAACCAUAUGAUUGCCAGCGGCUCUUCCUACUACGGUGUGGUACGCCUCUGGGAUAAGCGGCAGACUCGGUGCCUGCAGAGCUUUCACCUGUCUUCACCCACCAGCAGCCCAGUGUACUGCCUCCGUUUCAGUACCACCCACCUGUACGCUGCCCUGGCGUCAGCCCUGCACGUCCUGGACUUCACGGCCUCGUGAAGGGCACCACAGCUGCUUCUGGUGACCCCAACUCAGCAGAGCUGACACUUGGCUCAGGGAAUUGCAGGGCAGGAGAGGUGAGAAAAGGCCCACAAGGCUUCUGAAGGGACUUUUUUGCCUGCCAGAAAGCUAUAAUGAAGAGUGCACAAAGGGCCAAACUUUCUCCACCUUACCUGCCUGUUCAUGAAAAUAAUAGGCCAAUUGUCCUUUACUCUUUUUAUUUUGUGCAAGUCGGGAAUUGUUUUAUUAACUGUGUUACUUUUUUUCUUUUUCCUUCCUUUUUUUCCUGUGGAUACAUCAUUUGAGGGGCAAGUUGAGCCAGGUUGCCCCAGCAGCUGUGUGCUGGUCAGUUUGAGAUCAGCCAAGCUCUAAGCACGUGAAACAAGACUAGGCUGUGUGUGGGGUGAACUGAUUUGGUAGAAGGGAAAGGUGCCUGGAGUGAGGCCCUCCUUUCUCCUUAACUUGCUGUUCUGACAGCUGCUUGUGUUGUCCUUCACAGCCAAGAGCAACAAUUGAGCUAAAAGGCAGAGCCAGCCCUGCUUUCAGUGUGCCUCCCCAAGUUGGCCAUCAGGUCAAGCUAUGCACUUGGCAGGGCUGAAAUAGUCGUGUUUUGCUAAAUAAAUCUGAAAGGAAACAAAA